GGGAUGGUACAAAGCACGUUAGUAACUCCGGCACCUUACCAUUUACCAGGGUAUUUGGGGUAUGUUCCCCAGUUUAAAUUUAAGAUCGGAGGAACAUAUGGACAAACUACACAUUCUAUCCUGGACACCUCCGACUAUCUUCAGAGCAAGCAGAUGCCGUACCGUGUAAUAAAGGAGGUAAAGUUCCAGGAGCCGUUAGCAAGGAGUAAGCCAGCGUCUCAGGAGGGUUGGAGCAACACUAAACUUAAGGGGAGCAUGGUACCAGGUUACACUGGCUACGUGCCGAAAGGACAGCAUUUCUUCGGGCAGCGCUACGCACAGGCAUGCGACAAUGCGCUCAAGUCUUUCGAAGCUGAUCUCAUCGUGAAAGAGAAGAGUGAAGAGACACUGAAAAUGGUACCGAGAAGACCGCUGACUCCGGUUAGUAAAGCUAACGCGUACCCUGCCAAACCACGUGACUUCCAGUACGGGACCUCACCUUACCGGCUACCUAACAACCACGACGAGAAGUAUUUCCUUUCUGGUUACACAGGGUUUGUGCCCCAGGCUCGGCAGCUCCUCGCUAAAAGUUACCCUGUUAUCACACAUGAAGCCCUCACUCUUCACCAAGAUGUUCAGGACCGAGUGCGUGGGAAGGUUGAAGCCCCCAGAAUGACAAGAGCGAAAACAGCGCCUCCUGGAGCAAUAUAUGCCAGAAAAUCAGGGCUCAUUCCCAACUACACUGGUCACGUGCCAUCGAUGAAGUUUAAAUAUGGAAGAACUUACGGAGCGACAACGGUUAACGCUUUGAACCAGUCUAUAUAGACAUUCGCUGGAUAAACUCAACUUUGAUAUUAUUUGGACUCUGUUUGUCAAUAUUCUACUAUAAUUUAGUAGUUUCAGAACCUUUCAUAUGUGGACAGAGAGUUAAUGAACUUGAGAAGCUAUGACUUAUUCACAUUUUACAGAUCUACAGUUUAUUUUAAGUUUAACGCUAAUACCGCUUAUGGUACUCAUUUAGCAAUUAGCAUUCUAUAUACUUUUAAACAAAUUAGCAUUAAUUCAGCUGAUAGUAAUGCUAAUUAACUGAUUAGCAGAUUAGUUACCUAAUUAUGGGUGAUUAUACGAAUGUAGAUAUUCGUCACAUACUCGAUGUAAAUUUCGAAUUUUCACCAAAUAAUAAGUAGAAAUUAAACAAAAACUUACCAAAAUGAGCUUUUUAAAAUGUUAAGUUUAUUUAUCAUAAACAUUUAAUAUAUACAGGAAAUUGAGUUUUUAGACUUGUAAAGAAAUUCACCGAAUAUCAAUUAUCGUACUGAUAACGAUUGCUGGUGUACACUGUACAGUGCAUGUGUAUAUUGAUUUGACAGUAGCUGAGUAGCAUAUGAGAU